AUGCCAGGUGCCACAUGGACAACACCUCAACAGAAGGUGUUUCUGGAGCAGCACUACAACCCUUUCUUGAAGGCGCAACUGCAGGGUACUGUCGGCCAAUUCUGGAUCCCCUUAUAUGCCGAGUGGUUUAAAAAAUGGCCAGAGGUCAAUGAAAUGUUCAAAGGUCAGACCGUACCAGUCCCAUUGUCCGAGGAACAGAAUGUCGAGUUAGGAAAGGCAGUAGACACGAGGCAUAGGAAGAGCGGUAGAGAGGCUGUGAACACAAUGACCAAAUUGAUCACAAAGCUGAUGGGAAGUAGAGCGAAGGGCACACGAGUGCACAGCGAGGUUGAGGUGUUCUCGAAAAUGAUGUACAAAGACAAUGUACAAGAGAUGGUGAAGAAGGAAAUCGAGGCAGGUGCCCUGGCCACGAAGGAAGAAAGGCUCCGAGGCAUGAAGGAGCUUACUAGGAAGGCAUAUGAUGCUUCUAGUGAAGAGGUUCGCGCUUUGUGUAAAGCAAAAGUACAAGAAGAGCGAGACUUGAAGGCUCAAGUUAUCCUUUGGGGACUUAAAGAGGGAGGUGGUGUGUGUCCUACAAAUGAGCAGUAUGCAAAGGCGCUCGAAGAAUGCACUGGUCCUAUCUCACAAUUUCUGCAGGCUAUCCAGCACAUGACAGGCUUUGAAUGGAGUGUCAUUGGCGCAGGCCCUGAUCCUCGCCUGGAUGGUAAACUUAAUGCACUGACUUACCACACCGGCAUCAAUUCUGCAGGCAGGAAUUGGCAUGAAUCCACACCCGACUUCGUUGAACGUCACCUCAAUCCUUACUUGGAGUUUGUCAGUACCAUUUUCCCAGAACAUGUUAGGAAGACACGUGCGCUCAAUUAUGUGCCUCAGGCUCCAAGUCCUACAAGAGAUACUACUCCAGAGUUGACUGCUGCCAUCAUUCCACUAACAAUGGACCUCGUGGGUGCAGCUUCUCCAAGUAGCGCUUCUCUUCCUGUCAUGCUGCACAGUGCGGCCUUGUUAGGUCAAGCAUUGGCGGGACCUGCACAUGUUCAACCAGGUGUAGAUUUGCUAUCUGAUGAUCUUUGGACCUUUGAUAGAUCAAACACAGAGUCUUUUCUCGAUGAGACUCAGCUUACGGGCCUCCCUAUGGAAGUACUGCUCCCUGCACAUCCUGACGCCACCUCAUCCCACAAUGCCGCAGAGAUGUCAUUUCCUUCUUUUUCAUUGUCUUAUAGUCCACCGCCGUCAACCUCGCAGGCCAUCUCAUCGAAUCAAGAAGUCUGGAAUCAGCAGAUACCAUCUCCACUCUGCUUCUCGCCACCUCAUUUCCGCAUUCGCCAUGACAGGCUUGAUGAUUCCCCCAUCUCCAACUCAUCUGACAUCUUUGGGCCAAGCUAUGUUUUUCCAGACCCUCCUGGACUCCGAGUUGAACCUGGUCGUAACACGAUAUUGUCUGGUUCAGCUGCAAACCCUCACCUUUCUUUUGAUGAGCAUCCCACACCCGCACCUGCACCUGCACCUGUGCCCACACCUGCACCCACACCUGUGCCCACACCUGUGCCCACACCUGUGCCCACACCCGCACCCACACCCGUACCCAUGCUCACACCCGCACCCGCACCGACCGUAGACGAGCGCACAUCUUGCGCCAAUAUUGUCAGUGCACCCAGCUUGCACUUACCAAUGCCAACUCAAGCUGCCACUACAACCACUGCACUGAUUGUGGACAAGCCUCUGAAACGAGCUGGUGGACCUCCUCCAGCCGUGGAUGAACACACAUUCGGCACCGUCAGUGCACCGAGAAAGAUGGGGUGUGUUAGACAAGCUACCACGCGCCUUGCACAAGCAAACAACAUCGGAGAGAUCAAAGGGAAACACAAGGCUACUACAGUUACGGGAGAUUCGGCAUGCCCCUCUUCAAACCAACGAAAAUUGUAG